AUGGAAGCCGAGCAAGUUUUCCCCAUGAAAGGUGGUGUGGGCAACUCAAGCUAUGCAAAAAACUCUUCACUUCAAAAGAUGGUUAUUUCAAAAGUUAGAGCCACAGUAGAAGAAGCUGCUUUGGAAGUUUAUUGUAAUAUCUUUCCAGAUUGUAUGAGAAUAGCUGACUUGGGUUGUUCUUCUGGGCCAAACUCCCUGGCCCCUACAUCUUAUAUUUUAGAUGCAAUAAUAAGCCAAUGCUCGAAUCAGAUGAUUAUGAAAAAAAAAAAGCCAUUGACAUUCCAAGUGUUCCUCAAUGAUCUUCCUGGAAAUGAUUUCAACACUGUCUUUCAAUCGCUUUCGACCUUCUAUGAGAGGCUGCAGAACAAUGGAAAGGGAGACAAGUUUGAUCAUCCCUUAUGCUUUGUCAUGGCUAUGCCAGGGAGCUUCUAUGGAAGGCUUUUCCCUAAUAACUUCAUACACUUCUUUCAUUCUUCUUACAGCUUGCAAUGGUUGUCUAAGGUUCCAAAAGGGUUGGUUAGUGAAACAGGAGAAGCACAUAACAAAGACAAUAUUUAUGUUACGAAGGCAAGUCCUAAUGUGGUUGUGAAAGCAUAUUUUAGUCAAUUUCAAGAGGAUUUCACAUACUUUUUAAGGUGUCGUUCAGAGGAAAUUAUCAUUGGUGGAUCUAUGGUACUAACAAUAUUGGGCAGUAUUACAAGUAAUGAUCAUAAACAUGUGUUGGAGGUAGUGGGAAGGGCGUUGAAUGACAUGGUCUCCGAGGGCAUAAUUGAAGAGAAAUGUUUGGCUAGUUUUAACAUGCCAGUGUAUAGUCCCAAUGCGAAGGAAUUGAGAAAAGUGGUUGAAGAAGAAGGAUCUUUUGAAUUACAUAAGCUUGAAAAAUUCAAAGUUACUUGGGAUGCUGGAUUUAAUGAAGAAAAAGGAAAAAUCAAUAAUAGUAUUAAUGUUGAUGAUGAUGAUAAUAUAGAUAAAUACAAUCGAGGGAAGUACGUUUCGGAUUACAUGAGAGCAAUUUUGGAACCUAUUAUGAUGAAACAAUUUGGAGAAAAAAUCAUGGAUGAUUUAUUUGAGAGGUUCACUCACACGAUCAUCGAAUCAAUGGCCAAUGAAAAUUGCCACAACAUAAACUUGGUUAUUUAUUUGAUAAAGAAUCAAGGUUAACUUUAUUCAAGUUUGCAUUUUGAAUUAAGCAUGUAUAUCAUAUGUUGUUUUAUUUAUCUUUCUUAUGUUUUCAUUUGUGUGGUGUAUUCUGGCUUU